AAUGCCGAUAGCAACUGCAGCGACAUGACCAUCGUUUUCGCCCGCGGCACCUCAGAGUUGGGCAACACUGGAACCGUCGUGGGGCCACCUUUCCUCAAAGCUGUCCAGCAGCUAGCCAAAGGACGUUCUGUUAACAUGCAGGGCGUCAAUUACGCUGCUAACGUUGCGGGCAUUAUGGCUGGCGGCGAUCGGCAAGGAACCACAACGAUGGCAAAUAUGGUCAAAAAGCUGGCGGCCGACUGCCCAAACACUGGCAUUAUUAUUUCCGGCUAUUCUCAAGGCGCCAUGGUUAUGCACAACGCCGCGGCCCAACUUGACCCUGCAACUGCCUCGCACAUUACGGCGGCCGUCUCAUUUGGCGACCCUUACAAGCGAAGGCCGGUCAACGGAGUAGAUCGGUCGAGGACCUUGGUGGUGUGCCACGACGCAGACAACGUCUGCCAAGGCGGCGGCAUGAUCCUGCCGGCGCAUCUUACCUAUGGACAGGACGCCGGAAAGGCGGCCGCCUUUGUCAUGCAAGCGGUGGCGUCUGCCCAGGGAAGCGGAGCCUCCUCGAGCAGUGGAACUGCGUCGACCAAUGCAACUCCCCUGAGCAGUGACACUUCGGAGAGCACCGGAUCUUCGUCGGACACAAGCGGUUCAUCAGGUGGCGGAGGAGGUCUGUCUGGUGCAGGAAGUUUACUAAGCGGAGGGGGUUUGUUGAGCGGCGGAGGUGGAGGGUUGUCUGGCGCAGGAAGUUUACUUGGCGGAUCAGGAAGUUCGUCUGGUACAGGAGGUCUGCUAGGCGGAUUACUGAGCGGUGGAGGUGGAGGUUUGUCUGGCGCAGGAAGUUCGUCCGGUACAGGAGGUCUGCUAGGCGGAUUACUGAGCGGCGGAGGUGGAGGGUUGUCUGGCGCAGGAAGUUCGUCCGGUACAGGAGGUCUGCUAGGCGGAUUACUGAGCGGCGGAGGUGGAGGGUUGUCUGGCGCAGGAAGUUCGUCCGGUACAGGAGGUCUGCUAAGCGGAUUACUGAGCGGCGGGGGCGGAGGUUUGCUAAGCGGAGGGGGUUUGUCAGGGGGCGGAGGAGGCGGCGGUCUACGGGGUGCAGGAAGCUUUCUAGGUGGAGGAGGUGGAAGGUCGUCUGGUAAAGGAGGUUUGUUAGGCGGAUCAUUGGGAGGCGGAGGCAGUGCAGACUCAUCUGGCGCAAGAAGUUCAUCGGGCAGCGGAAAUAGUACAAGGAGCAGUGGGGGCAGGGGAACCAAGGGAGGCCUACGGGGCGCUGGAGGUUUGUCGGGCGGCGGAGGCAGCAAAGGUUUCCCUGGCUCAGGGGGUUUAUCGGGGGGCGGAGGAAGUGGCGGUCUACGGGGUGCAGGAGGCUUGUUAGGCGGUGGAGGCAGCAAAGUUUUAGCUGAUGGAGGAGGUUUAUCAGAAAGUGAAUCUUCAUCGGAGAACGAAGCGCUCCAGGGAAAGACUGAAGGCGAUGAUGGGGACGAAGCUGUCUCGUGA